AUGAGCGUGUCUGGGGGCGCCCUGGGAGGCGACCUUACAGAUGAGGAGAAGGAGAUCAUCAACGGCGUUCUGGCCCGCGCCGCCAUGAUGGAGGCCCUGGAGCAGCAGCGCAUCGAGCGUCUGUCCAGUCGCCUGGACAGCAUGAAGAAGACGGCGUGUGGAGACGGACAGUCUCGCUGCCUGCUGUGUGGGACGUCCUUCGGAGCGCAGGGGGUCACAGCUGUUCUCUGUUCACAGUGCAAAAAGCACAUGUGCAGCAAGUGCGGGAUUUGGAUCAACAGCAGAACUUGUCCGACGUGGCUCUGCCGGAUCUGCAACGAGCAGCAAGAGGUUCAGAAACGUUCGGGCUGGUUUUAUAAAGGAAGAGAUCAGCAGGGCCUGCCCUCCCCCCUGCCUCUCUCCAGACCUCAGUCCAACCCAGAGGACAACACAGUCCGGGGUCACAGACCAAGUCAUCAGACUGAUGAGCCUCAGCAGAAGCAGUCCAGUGCGUCAGAACAAUGGGAGCAGACAGCAAGAACAACAACUGACAGCUGUGAUGAGACUCAUUCUACUCAGGCAGCUGGAACCAAGGCGGAGAGACAUGUGUUGGCGUCCAAAGCGCCUCAGGAAAACACGCAGCAGACGGCACCCACCCCAGUUCCAGCAGCGGAUCUGGAGAGCAAGCGGCAACCGGUCGUCUCCUCGGGUCCCACUUACAAACCUGCGACCAGGAUCACUCCACCUGCUAAUCCACCUCCCAGCAACGCGAUGACUCAGAAACUCGCUCCAGAUCACACAGAGAACGACGACAAUGACUACGACUCAGACGACGCAACCACGCUGGGAUCUCUGGAGUUCAGCCUUCUUUAUGAACAGGAGCAUCAUGCUCUACACUGCUGCAUCAUUAAAGCCAAGGGUUUGAAACCAAUGGAUUCUAAUGGACUGGCAGAUCCGUAUGUAAAGCUGCAUCUGCUACCCGGAGCCAGUAAGUCCAACAAGCUUCGCACCAAGACGCUUAAAACCACCCUGAACCCCGUGUGGAACGAGACGCUGAUUUACCACGGCAUCACCGACGACGAGAUGCAACGCAAAACGCUCAGGCUGUCGGUGAGCGACGAGGACAAGUUUGGACAUAAUGAAUUCAUUGGAGAGACACGGGUGGCACUCAAGAAGCUGAAGUUCGACCAGAAGAAGAAUUUCAAUGUUUGCCUGGAGAGAGUGAUCCCGGUGAAGAAGGCUGUUGGAGGGUCAAUUCGUGGCAUGGCACUUUAUGAGGACGAUCUGAAGGAAGGCGAGGACUCGGAGGAGAGGGGCCGCAUCCUGAUAUCGCUGAUGUACAACAGUCAGCAGAGCUGUCUGGUAGUGGGCGUGGUCCGCUGCGCUCACCUCGCCGCCAUGGACUCCAACGGCUACUCAGACCCUUUCGUCAAAAUAUGUCUGAAGCCAGACAUGGGGAAGAAAGCCAAGAACAAGACUCAGAUCAAAAAGAAGACCCUUAACCCGGAGUUCAACGAGGAGUUCAGUUACGAAAUUAAACAUGCUGAGCUCGCCAAGAAAACUCUGGACGUUUCGGUCUGGGACUACGACAUGGGGAAAUCCAACGAUUUCAUCGGGGGAUGUCAGCUCGGCAUCCAGGCUAAAGGCGAGAGUUUGAAACACUGGUACGAAUGCCUCAAGAACAAAGACAAGAAGAUCGAGCACUGGCAUGUCCUGCUGAAUGACAACACCGUCCAGUUUGAGGAUUAAUUCACGCUGUGAUGAUUCAGUUAUCUGCUUCUUUAUUCCAUCUCUGCUAAAUGUUUUCCAGUUUCUAAAGUUGGUACUGAUUCCUCCGUGUGUUUGUAUGGAGCUUUCCCCAGAAGUCCAAUGUGAAUUUUAAAUUUCUGGUGACAAACAUGGAUGUCGAUCUAAAGUAACCCGCCCCCCGUCCCUCACCUACCCACCCUAAACUAAUCCAGGAAGCUUAUCGUAUCGCACCUUGUAAAACAUGAUAAAGUUGCCUCUGAACUGAGCCUUUAUCAUAAUUCCCGGGGCAGAUAAAGUCUUUGUUAUCGCUGCUAUCAGGUGAGGAUGUUGUAUUGAAGAGUGCACAGAUGCUCAGACUCAACAGAGGGAAUUCCCGGUCGUCUUUCUGACCUCAUGUCGUUCCGGUGACCACGUCAUUGCUGGGUGAAGAGGUCGGCUUCCCUGAUGUGUCUAAUCACAGCUCAUUGGUUAAUGUGUGUUGUUAUUCUGGUGUGUGCGUCGUCCAAAACAAAGCAAGCAAAAAUAUAUAUAUAUAUUUUAUUCGUACCAACCGACUAUGCGCUUUGCAUAUGUUCAAUUAUGAAUUUGAGACUGAAUCAACAAAGCCCAGUUAUGAACUUUCUGAGGUGUAUGCACACACAGAGGCAAGCUGCCAGUAACUUGUCAUUUUAUUAGUGAUGUAAACUAACCUGAAUAUUUACAAGCCUUUUCUUGAUAGACUGAAAUAACUCACCUACUGUCUGUCAACCACUUUGAGAAGCUUUUUUCAUUUGUUCUCCUCUUCCAUUUUUCUUUUUUGUUUCCUGCCCUCAAGAGAUUUCCUUUAUGCUUCUCCAUCUUUAGCCAGCUGCCUUCUUCUUAUUCUUAUUGCCGGUCAGACAACGUAGCAAGACAACACAAUUCAAAUGUAAAAUAAAAAUAAAAAAAAAGUUGCGGCUCAGAACGUUCUCGACCUGGAAUAAUUUUCCGCCGUCGUUUUGGCGCAUAUGGCGUGAAAUGUAUGACGUCAUAUCAGAGCCAUUGUAGACAGAGUAAAGGGGAAGAACACAAUCCCGUCAAAAUAAAAGUGAGAAAUUGUCGAAUUAAUCUCAGAAAUUUGGCAUAAAAUUUCUGAGUUUGAAAAGUUGGAAAUUGAACUGAAAUUUUAUUUUUUUUUUUCGGCUUAAUCGGAGAAAUUUGCUUGAAUAAAACAAGAUAAUUUCUGAUUUUGAG